AUGAUUUCUUCAUUAAUUUCCAGUACAAACCCAUUAUUUCCAAUCCGUCCAAGAUCCCAAAAAUUACUCCCUUUGAAAUCCAGCAUUCUCUGUUCUCAGCAGCAGAAUCUGAAUCCCAAGAACAUCAUGAACAAAUGCAAAAGGCCUAAAUUUCAGCUGAUAAAUCCAGUUAUCUCUACCCCAUCACGUGAACGUUUAAAUCAGAACAAGGAUAAAGCCAAGAAAGAUCAAAAGAACGGAUUUUUCAAGUUUAUAAAUCAACAACUGAUGGUUUUGUGUGGGUUUGGGUACUAUGUUAAUGGUUUUCGAUGCUUUCCUUGGUUGGCUCUUAAUUACCACAUGUCCCACAAUCUCAAUAUGCAACCAUCAACAUUGCAGCUUGUGCAGAACUCUGGUAAUUUGCCUAUGGUGGCCAAACCUUUAUAUGGGAUCUUGUCUGAUGCUCUUUAUAUUGGUGGUGCUCAUAGGAUCCCCUAUGUUUCCAUUGGAGUCUUCUUGCAGGUUUUUUCUUGGGGAUCAUUGGCAUUUAUCCCGGUUGUAAGUGAAGCUCUUCCGGCUCUCAUAGCAUGUGUUCUUGUUACUAAUCUUGGAGCAUCGAUUUCAGAAGUUGCGAAAGAUGCACUUGUUGCAGAGUAUGGCCAAAAAAAAAAGAUGCCGGGACUCCAAUCUUAUGCAUUUAUGGCCUCGGCAAUGGGUGGAGUUCUAGGAAAUUUACUAGGUGGAUUUUUCUUAUCGAAAACCCAACAAACAAAAUCCAUGUUCCUAGCCUUUGCAGCUUUACUUGCCCUUCAACUUACAAUCUCUUUAAAAACGAGAGAACAAUCCCUAGGUUUACCUCAACCUUCAAAUUAUUCUCUUGCAAGGGAAUCUAUUUCACAAAGUGUCAUGACAUCGUUCUCAGAUCUAAUGAUGGCAGUUAAAGAAGAGAGAAUCUUGCGUCCUCUUAUUUGGGUUGUUUCUUCUAUUGUGAUGGUUCCAAUCCUUUCGGGUUCCAUCUUUUGCUAUCAAACUCAGUGUUUAAAUCUCGAUCCAUCAAUUAUUGGAAUGUCACGAGUGACUGGACAAUUGAUGCUUCUUUCAUUGACUUUACUUUAUGAUUGGCUCGGGAAAAGUAUUCCCUUGAGAAAAUUGGUCGGAAUUGUGCAGUUGAUAUAUGCAUCUGCCCUUCUUCUUGAUCUGGUACUUGUUAAGCAAAUCAAUGUUCAAUUAGGAAUUCCAAAUGAAGUAUUUGCUCUCUGCUUUUCAGGCUUGGCCGAAACUAUUGCACAAUUCAAGCUCUUGCCAUUCCAUGUGCUUUUCGCAAAUUUAGCUCCACCGGGUUGUGAAGGAUCUCUAAUGUCUUUCUUAGCAUCCGCCUUGUGCUUCUCGUCUAUAAUUAGUGGGUUUUUUGGGGUUGGAUUGGCUUCUUUUCUUGGUAUCACAUAUGGUGAUUACUCUAGUCUUCCUCGAGGUAUUAUGAUACAGUUUCUUGCUGCUUUAUUGCCACUCUGUUGGAUUGGUUACGUGCCAACGUCUCAUCGUGCAGCCGAAAAGGCUAGGAAGAGAGGUAGAAGUAAAAGGAGUCGAAGAAAUAGAAGGAUAGGUAAAGUGGUGUUUGAUUCAAUAUCUUGUUAUCGACGGAAAAGAGAAUCUGAUUUGAAGAUGUGA